UAGCAGCCAAAGGGUGAAAUGUCAUUUCUCCAUCCCUUUUUGCACCGCACACAUUUCGUAUUUUUGUGAAUCGAAUUCAGACGCAAGAAGUUACGCAAGUAGCGCUACCGCUCAAAGGUUUCCCAAAAACGCGUCGAUUCCCAAAAACCAUGAGCUACAAGACCAUUGCACGGCUGGUUCUGCAGCAGAACCGCCAGUUCUCGCGCACCGCAACCGCUUCGUCCGGUGAGGUUGCCGAGGGCUACAAGCAGCUCAGGCACAUCCAGGAGAAGUUCCAGAAGCCGGACGGUAAGCCCGUGUUCCUGAAGGGUGGCCCGAUGGAUAAUGUGCUGUUCUCCUUGACGAUGGUUCUCAGCCUGGUUGGGCUGGCCGGUAUCGGCAAGCUGUUCUACGACCUGAGCUACCCGAAGAAGGACGAUUAAAGAGGCCUGGCAGCAAAAAAAAACCCACGACACGCUGAAGCCGUGCCGAGUAUUUGCCAUGUUAGGAAGUGUGUGUGUGUGUGAUUACCGAACAUCCUACUUUCCCACACUAGGCAUCUCACCUUCUAUAGCAGGCAGCAGCUGUAGUUCAAAAUUCGAUUGUCAAAACGAUAUUUAUCUGCCGAACGAAAUGAUUAGGAGUAGAGCGUUUGUUGCGGUUGUCUUCGCUGCGUAGUGUUGCAAGGCGGACUGCUCCCCUUAGAUCUCUCCCAGGGCAGUCCCCUUCCCGAAAAUCUAACAUCCCUUUGUAUCGAAUGUGUGUGUGUGUGUGAUUAACUUCCUAUCUAUGUACUCUAUGUUAUACGCUAGGUACACACGGGAUGCAAACAGAUUCGAAACCGAACGAUUCCAUUACGUACGACCGGUACACACAUUUACUCUUGCAUUUAUCUGCAAAUAAAUAUAUGUUUUGAGCAAUACAAAAAAAACAAAA